AUGUCUCGUACGAAAACCACUUGGGAAGACCUCGCUCACCUCGGCUGGUACAGAUAUGGGAUCUUUCUGGCUCUCAACCCUGUACGCGGCAACACCAUGAAAGGGAGUGAGGAUGUUACACUCAACGAUGACAAUGCCAACCCUGGUUUCUACUGCUACAAUACGUACAAAGGAGCACCGAAGAUGCAAGCUCCCAGCUACUCUGAAUCGACCACCCAAACGGUCGUUUGGGAGUAUAAUAACCGUACACAUGAGGUCUUCAAGGAUUCAUGGCGUGAAAGUUGGCAGAAUACGGAGCAUGUCUCUGCCACUGUUACGAAAGGCGCAACUAUCCGUAUCAACAGCAGUGUGCACAUCGAAGGUCUCUUUGACCUACCAGUAGGCUUUGACUUCUCGCAAGACUCUGAACAAACAAAGUCUCGCGACAAAUCCUAUGAAUUUACGUAUGUCUGGAACUUAAUCGUCGAGCCCGGUCAGCAUGGGCGCCUUGUACGUACCACAACUACCAAAGUUGGAACUCAAGAGUGCCUGGUAACAUUCGGGUUGGAGGAUUAUCCAAACGACCAGAUCGGGACCAAAGGGGCAAUGUGGAAUGGAUACACCAACUGGGGCUAUUCCGCGCAUAGUUACCUCACUAAGCAUCCCCUUUCGGGGACGAUGGUUAUUUCUGCCAGUCUCAACAAGGUGGAUCAUAGCUAUUUCUUCGAAUAUCUCGACUCCAAGGGGGAAGUUGUCAGCAAGGAACUGGUGUCAAUGCCGACUCAUGGGAUGCUCUCCCUGAAUGGCGGAGAGGCCACCGCUGUCGCGUUUGCCGUUGGGAGGAACAUAGACGAUGGGAAGGCUGUUGCAUAG